CGUGGGGGUUGGGGGGGCCCAACCUUACCAGGGCCGGCCAGAGAAAGAAACGGCGUCGUUUAUUUUCCCCCCGACCCCUAAGAUGACGACGUUAGUAUUGGAUAACGGAGCCUACAAUGCCAAAAUCGGUUACAGCCAUGAAAAUGUCUCGGUUGUUCCCAACUGUCAGUUCAGGUCAAAAACAGCACGUCUUAAAACGUUUACUGCUAACCAGAUAGAUGAAAUAAAGGACCCUUCUGGACUCUUCUACAUCCUUCCUUUUCAGAAGGGUUACUUGGUGAAUUGGGAUGUUCAAAGACAAGUUUGGGACUACCUUUUUGGAAAAGAAAUGUAUCAGGUUGAUUUUUUAGAUACUAAUAUUAUUAUCACAGAACCAUAUUUUAACUUCACUUCAAUUCAAGAAUCAAUGAAUGAAAUCCUAUUUGAAGAAUACCAGUUCCAAGCAGUAUUAAGAGUAAAUGCCGGGGCUCUCAGUGCACAUAGGUAUUUCCGAGAUAAUCCUUCCGAAUUAUGCUGUAUUAUUGUAGAUAGUGGAUAUUCCUUUACACAUAUAGUUCCUUAUUGUAGAAGUAAAAAGAAAAAAGAAGCAAUUAUUCGGAUAAAUGUGGGAGGAAAACUUCUAACCAAUCAUCUAAAGGAGAUCAUAUCUUACAGACAGUUACAUGUUAUGGAUGAAACACAUGUGAUUAACCAAGUGAAAGAAGAUGUAUGCUAUGUGUCUCAGGAUUUUUAUAGAGAUAUGGAUAUUGCCAAGUUGAAAGGAGAAGAAAAUACAGUAAUGAUAGACUAUGUUUUGCCUGACUUUAGUACAAUUAAGAAGGGCUUUUGUAAGCCAAGGGAAGAGAUGGUGUUAAGUGGAAAAUAUAAGUCUGGGGAACAAAUUCUUCGUCUGACCAAUGAGAGAUUUGCUGUUCCAGAAAUACUUUUUAAUCCUUCUGAUAUAGGCAUUCAAGAAAUGGGAAUUCCAGAAGCUAUUGUCUAUUCAAUUCAGAACUUACCUGAAGAAAUGCAGCCACAUUUUUUUAAGAACAUUGUUUUGACAGGAGGAAAUUCCCUUUUCCCAGGAUUCAGGGAUCGGGUUUACUCAGAAGUUCGAUGUCUCACUCCAACAGACUAUGAUGUUUCUGUUGUGCUGCCUGAAAACCCUAUUACUUAUGCCUGGGAAGGUGGAAAAUUGAUAUCAGAGAAUGACGAUUUUGAAGAUAUGGUGGUAACAAGAGAAGAUUAUGAAGAAAAUGGACAUAGCGUCUGUGAAGAGAAGUUUGAUAUUUAAGAAACAUUUCUGAAUGAAAGUUUUGACUGGUUGCAACAAAGGUUUAAUUUAAAUGUUCUUUUUAAAGGAGGUUAAGGGCCUGUGCUCCCUUUUAUCUUAAGAUAAAGAUUUGAACUUAUGUAAAUACCUUGAUCUGUGGCUAAUUUUCAAAGGUUUCUAAGGUAGGUUAUUAAGUGAACUGUAACUCAGCCCAUAUUUUCAUUUAGGAGCUAGGCUACUGUAACAAGGCUUAUGUUGUUUCUGAGACUAGGUUAUCUUACACGAGAAGAUGAAAGAGUGAAUGCAUUUUAAGUUUAAUUCUUCAUAGCUGAAAGCAGAACCUUUACUGUCUCACUGGUCAGUUUUCCUUUGAAGGUAGUUUUGUGUGACUAUGACUAGGAAUUGGCCAAGGUGUUUUCAGUCUGAUAUGAUUUCUCCCUCUUUUAGAACCAAGUAUUUUAUUUUAAAUUUGUCAUUUUUAUUUGUACAUACUGAAGUUGGAAAGACUAAUCAUAUGUGGGUUUAAUGUUUAUUUUUAACUUAGAGUAAGUUUGAAAGGGUUGAGACUAAAGCUGAUUUACUGAAGUGCUUUUGUUCACUACUGUGCUGGCAGAAAUGUAUUAUUUCACUCAUUAAAAUACUGCACCAUUUUUGGGGAUGAAAAUAAAUUUGAAGUUAACUUGGGUUGUUCAAAAACUUUAUACAAAUGUCAGUGUUUAGUUUUAAAAACGCUUAUAUAAUCUACAGUAAGCAUAUUACUGUAAGGUGUUACAAGCUCUAGCUUUCCAAUUUAAGGAAAUGGUUUACAGUAACAUUAAUGAAUGGGUCAGGUGGGCUUCUCUGAUUGCAAACAAUAAAAACUCAUUAGGGAUAUCCUAAGCAAAACAACAUUUAUCAGCAGGACAGAGAAUAGCUCAUAAAAUCUAAGAAAAGCUGGACUACCCUGACUGAUAGGGCUCAGUGGAUUGGGUGUAGUCCUGCAAACUGAAAGGUGGCCAGUUUGAUUCCCGGUGAGGGCACAUGCCUGUGUUGCCAGACAAGUCCCCAGUUCAAGUUGUGCAAGAGACAACUGAACAAUGUUUCUGUCUUGUAUCAAUGUUUCUUUCCCUCUAUUCUUCCCUCCCUUCUCCUCUCUCUAAAAAUAAAUAUUUUAAAAAUGGUGACAGACAAGAAAAAGCUAGACCAACAGCCUUAAGAAUAAAAACCAGAUAAACUUAGACAUCUAGGUUAUCGAAACUAGGGGACAGUCUGUAUCAAAAUAUCUGCCAUCAAAAUAUCUGUUUCUGUAUUUUCUGUUUGGCCUUGGGCUCAAUGAUCAUAUUCCUACCAAUCUUUUUUCCCAAGUUGGGAUCAUGUGUCUAUCCCAUGGCUUCAGGGACUUUGACAGUCUUAUUAAGACCGCCUGGGGUAAAAGAAGGAAAUUUCCCAAAGGUAAGUUAUGAAGAGACAGAUGUUGGGAAGAGUGAAAGAGCCGAGUAUACAAUUAUAUAUUAGAUACAUUGGGUUAGGGCCAGGAGGCUCCUUCCUAAACCUAGGUUGGUUAUCAUUACAGAGUUGCAAAUGGAGUGUGUUUGUCUGAUGCCCAGUUAAUAUACUUUGUGGACAGUGUAGCAAAAAGAUGCUGGUAGCAGAGAAGAAGGCUUUGCAAUCAUACAUUGUAACAGUGCUAGAAUUUCAAGGUGAUGUGCUUUGAGGUAAGAAGAGAAGCCCCCAUUUACAGGGCUUUCCUUGACUUGCUAGAUCUCAUCUUAGGCAGAAUAUUAUCAUUGCCAACCAGGUGUUUUUCCUGUGAGGAACUGGGGCAUUCCUCAAAGCUGCAUUCCCAAAACAUGCCCUCACCUGAAGUCUUCUGUUAUGUUCUACUGAGACUGAUGCAUAUGUGUUCACAUCCUUACCUAUAGUGCAGUGUAAUUUCUGUUACGGUGUAGGUUUCAUAGGAUUCAUUUUUGAGUACAUAAAAAUUCAUUGAAAAAAACCUUCAUUCAAGGAUAUUUCCAUUGAUUUUAGCGAGAGAGGGGAAGGAAGAGGAGAUAGAAACAUUGAUGUGAGAGAGAAAUAAAUACCAAUUGGUUGCCUACCACUUGUGCCCCAACUGGGGAUUAAACCUGCAACCUAGGUAUGUGUCUUGACUGGGAAUUGAACUCUCAACCUUUGGUGUAUGGGCUGACACUCUAAUCAACUGACCCACCCGGCUGGGGCAAAAUUUAUUUCUUAGAUUAAUGAGCAAUAGGCCCUAUUCCUUUAUUUCUAGCAUCAAAACCCCCAUGCAUUUCAACACCUACCUAAUUUUGAAGCUUCCUUGCUAGAGAUACUGUUUUAAUACUAUAAUAAGUUGACUUCAAAGAGAACAUUUAACAUUAGUUCUGAUAAUAACAUUGUCUGAGAUGAUGCAUUAAAAAUCUAUUAUUAUGGAAAAAUAUUGCUGACUCUAGUUUGAGAUUUAGUAGGGGAGAGAGAAUUUUGCCACAUUAGAGUUUAUAACUUUUAUUGUAAUAUGCAUGCAUGGCAGUAACAUGUCCCAGUGUUGACCAUGUAUUAUAUACACCUUAAAAGAGUAGAGGAUUAGGAUUUAACAGCAAUUAGUAAUUAAGGUAGAAUUGUGCUCUCAAACACUUUUCUGUCUUGGUUUUGAAAUUUUUAAUUCAGUGGUGAUUGGCUUGACAUAGCAAACUGAUUACGUUCAUCUACUUCUUUGCCAGUCUUAAAUCCCUUUAAACAUUUCCAGUGGAGAAGGGAGGUAAAUGGGAUCAGGGAGGAAUGCAUAGGGAACAAACACUUAAGUGCUACUGGAAUCAGAAAAGUCAGUGUUUGUGCUGCCUGUCACUAAAUAGGGACAAGGACAAUCUUUAUGGGUGCUUUAUUCAGAUGGCUGGCAAUCUGAGAAGAUGGUGGGUUCUGUACCCUUAAAGACCAUCCUAAUAACGCGAUUCAAGCUGACCUUGUUAUAAGAAGAAGAAAGGGUAGGUAAGGGGUUUGGAAAAAAAGUUAAUUGGGUAAGAGUUGCAGUCUGGCAGUGAUUUUCCUAGUACUUCUCUAUCUACUGAUCAACAGUUCGUUAUCUGUAUCGCAGAGUUCCCUCCCUGGAACACUAUGGCUCACAGACCUUCUCCAGACCCCCUGGGGCAAAGGUUGCAUUCCGGUUUCUGGAAUAACAGCUUUCCACAUGCAUUAUCAACUUAAGCCUGUCAAACUAAGGCUAAAAUAUUUAACUCUUGAGUUCCCCUAUCACUACUUGUGACGCGUUAUUUCUCAAGCUGGGUAGUAGGCACGUACGCAUUUAUUAUAGUAGAAUCUAUCCUUCAUUGUGUGCAUGAAACAAUUAAUGUAUUUUAUUAGAAAAGUAAAUCCUUAAGUGACUGUAGGAAACAAAAAGUGUACUAUUAAUGAACAAAUGUGGAGAAAUUUUUAAAAGAUGGAAAACUAAUUGGAUUAAAUUUUUAGAGAAACAAGGACAAGAAAACCUUUGUCUCAGAUCAGUACAGGAGCAAGCUACUAAAGAUGUUAGAACAGUUCCAGAGAUAUUUUAAUUUAGGACCAAUACAGAGAGUAAAAGGUCACAGACGAGCCAUAUAAAGAAUGAACUGGAAACAGCUGAGCCCUACCCCUUUUUCUGGAGUUGAGGCUUAGUAGUAAGAGUAGAAGUAUAAGAUUUGGAGAGAGAAACAGAGUAGAACUUAAAAAUAAGGUCAUAGCAUAAGAGCAUCAGAAUUUAAAAAUAAGGGAACAGCUGAUUGUGGCGCUGACCUUAGGCUAAAGACAAGAGCUCAGACACCUUUAGAAAGAACGCUGACCGGGCAGGACUCUAGAGAACUUAGCACACCUUCCUCUUGCUGAGGAAAGGCACCCCAAUUAGAGCUUAGAUUCACAGACAGAGAAACAAAUGCAUGAAUGAAAAAAAAACAGGCACCCAAGCAUUAAACAUUUGAGGAGUGUUUAACACCACCAGAGAAGCACCAAAUCCAACAAACAAUAAUGAACCCCUAGAAAAUAAAAUAAGCAAAACAAACUUUAUAAGUAAUAUUCUCUAAGAGACUGGUGAAGGAAUUGGGUCUAUUAAAACAAGAGCAGAUUGCUAUUAUAACAGUGGGGAAUUGUAACCCACCCCAUCAUUCUUUUGGCAUUGUUUCUGUAAGUGCUGACUCUAAUAAGUAGCCUGUAGAUAAAUGGCAUGUUUGUAUAAGGAUCCUAGGAACUAACUUCAAAAGAUACAGCCUCUGACCUUCAGGCAUCCAAGCUCCAGGCGAUUUGCUGACCUUCAGCUGUGGAGCCAGAAUGACGUGGAGCCAGGAUGAUGCACACUGGACCACCAUUUGCCUUAUCAGAAUGAACUGUACUCACCUGCACGUAGAGAACUUUUCAACGCCCUUCCUUGAUCCCUUUGUUCUGCUUCCCCUCUACCUCUUGACUAAAACCUCUGACUCCACUGAGAUGUGGACAUAGGUAUUGAGACAUGAGUCCCCACCAUGUUCCAAAUGGCUGGCAUCUGAA